AUGACAUCAGGCUUCCAGCCAGGUCUGGGUUCAGCCGUCUGGUCCCCGGACCUGACACCCAUGUCUGAGCCCCAAUACAUCGGCGCCCUCAUCGGUCUCUUUAUCCUCUCCAUAGGUUUCAGGGCCCUCGUCGCCGCCCAGGGCUACCUUGAAGCCUAUCUCCAUCUCCACCUCUAUCCUCGUCCUCACUCCUCGUUACAUUCCCGCCACAGCCAUAACCCCUACCUGCAGCAGCAGCAUCAACAGGUCGAUGAGGACGAAAGUGAUGACGGAAACCCAGGACACCAGAACUUGGCUCUUGAUAGCAGCAAAAUUAACAACAACAACAGCGAUGGCGACCAUGCCGUUCUGCCACAUCCUGAGAAGAACAACAACCCCUCAACUUCCCUCCCCCAGCAAGAGCAGGGGAUGAUGCAGGAGCGGCCACAAUCAGGACCUACUUCCACCACCCCCUCAGGUCCCAAGCGAUACGGCAGCCGUCGACACCAUAGUCCUCCUCCCUUCUACGCCGCUGCCUCUCCUACCCAGUCGUCUCCACUCCCAUUCCUCACCUUUCCUACGGCCCAGCCAUUCAUCUGGCAGGCCGAGGUUGCCCGUGCAGUCUUGACCACCGCGGUCGUCGGUAUCGGAUACAUGCUCAUGUUGGUCAUCAUGACCUACAACUCGGCUUAUUUGGGUGUCAUCCUUGCGGGCGUCUUUGUCGGCGAGGUCUAUUUUGCGCGCUGGGGACGUGUCCGGCCAAUCUUUCCAUCUCCUUCAGCCACAAUCUCCAAGACACGGACCUCUCGGGUGAAUGAGAUGAAUCAGCAGCAGCAGUCGUCAAAUGGAACAGCGAUUGCCCCUGCAAGGACGGCUGCUAUCUCGAGGACUUCCUUAGCUUCGACUAGUUCCUCUCAUGGUUAUUCUAAUACCAUGGCCCACCACGGUCUCUCUGGUGAUGGAUCGUGUUAA